UACAACGGGCCCCUGGCCGGGUAAUAAUUAGCACAGGCUCCAUGAUUCGCAGACUAAUUAAGAAUAAUUAGAAUAAUGAGCAGAGUUCUGAUUCACAGAAGGCUGAUCAAUAAUAAUCUUCGUUAAGAAACUCUUUUAUAUCUUAGUUCACCACGGAUUGAAUUGAUUGGUCCUUUAAAACACCAUCGCUGCUGUCUAAUUGAGGAACCACGCUUUGGGAAACAAAAUCUCCACGACACAUUCCCCGUGUUCACAACAACGGGUGCAGCAAGAUAAGAAUCAUUUCUGAUUCUUUCCUCUGAUCUCCUGACAGACUUUUCCAGAAGGACGCCUGGGAAAGUUUCUCUGGGUGUUCAGAGAGCUGCAGCCGCGGCACUUGACUCCGGUGGCCGUGUCCUGCUGCUGCUGGAGCAGGAUAAUGUGGCUGUAAUUGAUGGUCUGUCGAAGAUGCACUGGUCACCAGAGCAUGCCCAGUCCCUGAACCAGUGGCCGGAGCAGCACCUGGACGUCUCCUCCACGACCUCCUCGCCGGCCCACAAGUCCGAGCUGUACCCCAGCACCCGCCAGCGCUUCAACUACGCCUGGGCCAACGACGACAUCUCGGCGCUGACGGCCUCCAACCUCCUCAAGAGGUACGCCGAGAAGUACUCGGGGGUGCUGGACGCGCCCUACGAGCGCCCGGCGCUCGGCACCUAUGGGGAUGGUGCCUUCGGCCCCGUUAACGGGCAGAAGGGGGACGGGGAGCCCUGGCCAGGGGCACACGGCUCUGAUGGCACCUACCCCCUGACCCCCAUCCACGAUGGCCUGGCCGGUGCCAAGGCCGUGGUGCCACCCACUGUCCCUGCCGGCAGCGGGGCCAUCGGGCUGGGUGGCUCCCCGGUGGUGUCGGCCAACCUCAGCGACCCCGUGUACCCCGGGAACUCCUGCGGGGCGGCUGCUGCCGGCGCCGGGGCACUCGGGGCAUCUCAGGAGUACCCCUCGGGCUAUGGCGGCACCUACUUGCCCUCCGGCUACUGCGCCCAGCCAGCGGCAGCGCUGCCACCCCCGCACCCUCCUGGUCUCCACAGCUCAGGGCUCCUGCAGCCUCCGCACCCCUCGCCCGCCCUGGUGCCGGGCUACGGCUCCUCGGGCCCCAUGUACAACUAUGCCAGCAGCAGCUACCCGCCCCAGCCGGGCUACGGGGGCAUCCACCCGCCCCACCCCUCUGCCUCCUACCUGCCCUCCGGCAUCGCCGCGCCCACCCCCAUCCCGGCCCCGCCGCCCUCCGCCCGCCCGCCGGGGGUCCCUGCCUAUGGCUACCAGGGCGCUGGGCUGGGCACCCUGGCCGUGCCGCCCCUGGGCACCGAGGCAGCGGGCACGCUGAAGAGGAAGGUGUUCGACAUCGGCGGGGAGGAUGAUGGCGAGGGCAGGUACAGGAAAUACAGCUACGAGCAGCCAAAGUCCCCCUACCCCCUGUCGGACAACGGCGAGUGCCGGGGCAAUGGGUUCAGCAGCAGCGGCGAGUCCCCCCAGGUGACCUUCAAGCCUGGGAAGAGGCCAGCGGGAGCUGGGAGCGCCGAGGAGCACGGCGGCAAGUACGGCGGGCAGCAGAUGAAGGGGAUGGUGUCGCCAUCCUACGGUGCCAGGGACACUCCCCUGCGGCCAGCAGAGCCCUUCGAGAAGUUCAGCCCCCCCCUUGCCAACGGGGAGCGGGCGGCCGAGCCGGGUCCCCCCUUCCCGCUGCGGCUGCCCUCCAAAGCUCUGGUGUUCGGCGGCGCCCCGCUGGAGGAGCAGCCCAAGAACAUCGACCCGCUGCUCCUGGAGCUGGUCAACAGCAAGGUGGUGGAGCGGGGCCCGCCGGUGCAGUGGUCGGACAUUGCCGGGCAGGUGUCGGUGAAGGCGGCCAUCGAGGAGGAGCUGCUGUGGCCCAUCCUGCGGCCCGGCUCCUACAAUGGCGCGAGCCACCCGCUGCGGACCCUGCUGCUCUUCGGGCCCCGCGGCACCGGGAAGACGCUGCUGAGCCGCUGCAUCUCCACCCAGCUGGGCUCCACCCUGCUGAGGCUCAGCGGCACCACGCUGCUGUCCACCUGGAAGGCCGAAGCCGAGAAGAUCCUCCAGACCGUGUUCUUCGUGGCCAACUGCCGGCAGCCCUCGGUGGUGCUCAUCACCGAGGCCGAGUCCUUGCUGGCGGUGCGGACGGGCGAGGACGGCGGCCAGGCGAGCAACCUCAAAUCCCAGCUCCUCUCCUACCUGGACAACGUGGCUACCUCAUCCGAGCACAACGUGGUGGUCAUCGGCACCACGGCGCGGCCGGGCAGCAUGGACGAGGCGUCGCACCGGCGCUUCGGCACGCGGCUGUACAUCGCGCCGCCGGACGGCGAGGCGCGGCGCCACAUCCUGCGCCAGGCCCUGGCCCAGCAGAGCUGCUGCCUGAGCGAGCGCGAGCUGGCGGCCCUGGCGCAGCGCACCGAGAGCUUCUCCGGCGCCGAGCUGCUGCGGCUCUGCCAGCACGCCGGGGCCGCCGCCCGCCGCGCGCUGCCGGGACCCCCCGCCUCCUACCAGGACCUGGAGAAGGCGUUCUGCAAGGUGCGCCCUGCCGUGUCCCAGAAGGAGCUGGACUUGUUCCUGGAGUGGGAUAAGAUGUACAGCACCAGGCACUGAUGGGGGGUCGGACCCCGAGGCCGUGGGGACGGACCCCGAGGCCACGGGGACAGAUUUGGGACAUGGUUUGGGGGCCUUGGGGGCUCUGGUUCUCUCCGUGGGGUUGGAUCCCUCCUUGCAGCCCCGCCAGUAGCACCGCAUACCUCACCUCUCGUUUUUGGCACUCAUCCAGGGAUUUCCCCCGCUGUGGCUCUCGGGGAGCCUCACCCACCACUCAGGAUAAGCUAUUUAUUAUUUUCCUGCCCCUCCGUGCCUGGAGCGGCGGUGCCAGCGGGGCUGGAGGCGCCCCGGGAGCUUCCCGGCAUCGGGAUCCGCUCCAGCGCCGCAUUCAGGAGCUCCCCCAUCCACCCCAAAGCUUUAUUGUUGGGUUUUUUUUUUGUUAAUUGAUUUUAUUAUUCUCAACAGAAAUACCUUGGGUGUCUUUGGAGCCCCUUCUCACCUUGAUCAGGGAAAGGGGGAGCUGGGGGAGAUGCCCAAAACCAGGGAAUUUCACCCCAAAACAAAGAGGUUGCACCCCAAACCUGGGGGUUACACCCCAAAACCAGGAGGUUUUGGAGUAAAAUGCUGUAGAUUGUUGAAUAUCCUAGACUCGGGUUUUUAUUUUUGUAAGGUCCGUAGUAUUUUUUGUUUGUUUGUUUGUUUUCUUUUUUUAACUACUCAGGAAAAGAAUUACCUCAGAAAAACUAAAGAAUGUUUUUUUAAAAACACUUUUUAUCUUCUCAGAAAAGGAAAAAGGAGAUUUUUUUAAGAGUUUUCCGACCUGGGACAAAGCUGCCUCCUGCAUUUGCUUCCAAAGGGGGUGAAGAAAGGAAGAAAUGAAAGGAAAAAUAAACUUGAAGCUGUUACAAAGAUGAAAUUUGAAUGUAUUUCAGGUGCUUUCCACAUAUAUUAUGCCAUAAUUUUAUUUGAAAUUUUGCUUUUUAACAUCGUUUAUCGUAGCGUUUGGUGGAGUAACGUGUCUUCAGUGGAAAGUUUAGUGCUGUAGGUUGGGAGCUGUCACUGGCACCACUUUUUGGAGCAGAUUGGGCAAAUCCCCCCCUUCUCCUCCCCCCCCAAAAAAAAAUCCCAGCAGGGCUGAGCGAGGGGCUUUGCACAGAGCAUGAACCCCCAGCCCAUCCAUUAGCCCCUCUUUGCAUCACGGUGGGGAUUUCCCCAAUAAAACAAAUAAAAUUUAUUAUUUUUAGUGCUCUAAAGGCCCCCCCUUAGGGCAGCCCCCCCAAACCUCAGGGUCUGCGCGUGCAGAGAGAACAGAUCCCUCACGGGGGCUCCCCCAGAAGUGUCUGCCAGGUUUUUUUCUGGGUUUUCCCAAUUUUCCCAGUUUCCUAUUGCAUCCAGGGCAUUACCCUUUGCCUCCCACCUCCAAAAAGUCGUGCUGGGUUCCUGAAGACUUAUUAUUAUUAUUAUUAUUAUCCUAUUUGUACACUCUCUGUAACCAUUUCUACCUCAUUUUGCAACAUAUUGUACAUGAAAGUAUUUAAUUCAUGUCUUAUUGAUGUCUGAGACAGACAAGCUCUAGGGCUGGGACGGUCUACCUCAAGAAAUGCUGUAUUUUAAAAUGAAAAAAAAGGAAAAAAAAAAAAGUAUUACACAGUA